GGGUGGAACAGGCUGCAGGCGACGGAGCCGCCUCGACUUACUUGCUGUGUGGGGAUAUCCUCCGGCUGUGAGCAGGAGCAUCUCAGGAGAGCCCGUGGCAGAGCAGCUUGCGAGGAUCUCUGUUUUUUUGCAAAGCAGUUCUGAGGAAACAAUGGCCAACUUCUACUUAUGGGCAACUUUUGGAUUAUGCUUGCUGAAGCUUUGUCUAACAGAGACACAAUUCAAUGUAAGUUGCAGAUAUGGAGGAGUGUUUCAUGUGGAGAAAAAUGGUCGCUACAGUCUCACACGAACUGAAGCAAUUGAGCUCUGUAGAGCUCUCAACAGUACCUUGGCAACACUGGAGCAAUUUGAAAGAGCUCAUGAACUUGGAUUUGAAACGUGCAGGUAUGGUUUUAUAGUGGGGCAUAUUGUUAUCCCACGAAUCAAUCCGUAUCAUCUUUGUGCAUCGAAUCAUAUAGGCAUUUACAAACUUUCAGCAAAUACAACUGGCCGGUAUGAUGCAUAUUGUUACAAUGCAACAGAAUCAAGGAGCAAAGCAUGCGAGCCAGUUGAAAGAAUAGAUACUUCUUUCCUCAGCAAUCAGAGUGAAAUAGUUAUUGACAAUGAGGAUGGCUCACGUUAUAAUGCAGAUGGCACACGUCAUAGUGGAGACUCCUCAACCUCAGGUGUGGAUGAUGAAAAUUUAGGUAGUGGAUCAAUGCAUGACACAACUCCAGGGGAUACUUCUGUCAGGAGAUCAACUCCUUCAUAUUAUGGAAGUGUUACUCCUAUCUCACAUUUGCCAGAUCAUUCUUCUGGAGGAGGUGAAAAAGACCUGCAUGUGAAAGAAUACGGUUAUGAAAGUUCCCCUACAUCAACUGUUAUCUUGGCAACAGCUGCUGAUUUCCCCAUAGAAGAUGAUGUGCAGCAUCCUGCCAGUACUAUCACAGUGUCCACAGAUGUUUUCCACCCAGAAGAAGCAACCAGCAGGCCCCUGGCACCCAGCACUCAGCCUGGAAGUGAAAGUGGACAAGCAAAUGCCACGGAUGGCUCUCAUGUCAGUUUGAUACCUGGAGUUUUUCCAGACAUUGAUGAUCGUCUAUACCAAUUACCGACCCCUCAUUCUCCUAAGUCUACAUCCAAUACAGACAGUGAUCAGGGACCAUACAAGGGAGACAGUGAAUCUACUCCUUUCCCUGGAGAGUCCACAACAACAACUGUAAGAUCACAACCAAGCUCAGCCAAGGUACCAGAAUGGCUGAUCAUCGUUGCUGCUCUCCUGGCACUGGCGUUGAUCCUCGCAGUGUGCAUUGCCGUUAACAGCCGGAGGAGAUGUGGGCAGAAGAAAAAGCUAGUCAUUAAUAAUGGCAAAGGUGCCGUGGAGGACAGGAAGACAAGGGAGUUAAAUGGAGACGCCAGCAAAUCUCAAGAAAUGGUGCACCUGGUUCACAAAGAACAGUCAAAUGACCAGACAGGAGCAUGUGACGAAUUCCUUACCGUUGAUGAAACACAAAAUCAUGAAGUUGACAUGAAGAGCGGAGUGUAGCGGUACAAAGUCACCAAAUAGAUCAGUGCUGGGGAAAAGUCAAAAUCACACGGACCUUGGGCAGGAAUUCUCAGAUGCACUGUGCUACUGAUGUCUUUUGAACACAAUUAAGCUUAAGUUUUUUCUUCAUUUUUAAUUAUUUUAACAUGAUGUCUGAGUUACAAAAUUGACAUUUGCUUUCUGAAAUGAGCCCCAGGUGUUGCAGUCAGUUCCCAAUUCCUACACAGGGGGCACUUACUGUGUCCUGGGCACGUGGCAUGUCAUUGUUCCCCAGAUGCAGUGCCUUCGCUGUGCGGAGUUACAGAAGCAUCCAGUUGCUCCAUCUUACAGGCAUUUAAGGUACUAAGCUUAUCGUGGUACAACAGUAAGUGAGUAACAGAUGUCAAGAGCCAAAAUAAAAAGGGCUUAAAACA